AUUCUCCGACGUGCCCUUCCUGCUGUGGCGCAAUCUGUGGGUAUGAAUGCGGUUACUUCCCAAAUGCCGCUUUCACAAGUUCCUGCACCAUCUCCCGGAUUGGUACCAACGCCAGGAUUAGCUCCCGCUGUUGUUCCUGCGGCCACUUCCCCUACAGGAUUUGCCAGUUUGCGACGUGCACAUAGUGAGGGAGAUGAUUUGGAUAUAACUAGAGCAACUGCUAGUCAACGAGCAGCCUUCAAUGUGGAUAAGGCUACUGAGUCGAACAAUGAUACCCCGCUUACGUUAGCCUGUUCUAAUGGACACGCUCAGAUGGUGAAUGUUUUGGUUUGUCGAGGAGCAAACAUCGAGCAUCGGGACAAGAAGGGGUUUACACCACUUAUUCUGGCUGCUACUGGUGGUCAUCGCGAUGUUGUAGAGUUGCUUCUAAACAAUGGAGCGCAAAUCGAAGCUCAAUCCGAACGUACGAAGGAUACUGCAUUAUCAUUGGCCUGUUCUGGAGGACGUAAAGACGUAGUCGAGUUACUUUUAAGUCGUGGCGCUAAUAAGGAACACCGUAAUGUUAGUGAUUACACUCCUUUAUCACUGGCUGCUUCCGGAGGAUAUGUGGAAAUAGUGAACAUGUUGCUGAAUGCCGGUGCGGAGAUCAAUUCAAGAACUGGAAGCAAGUUGGGCAUAUCCCCAUUGAUGUUAGCAGCUAUGAACGGGCACAAAGAAGCCACUCGUGUACUGCUUGAACAAGGCUCUGACAUCAACGCACAGAUAGAGACAAAUAGGAACACGGCAUUAACGCUAGCAUGUUUUCAAGGAAGAACGGAAGUUGUGGCACUUUUACUGCAAUAUAACGCAAACGUUGAACAUCGAGCAAAGACUGGAUUGACUCCACUUAUGGAAGCAGCGAACGGUGGUUAUGUUGAAGUGGGCGAACUUCUCCUAGAUGCAUGUGCUGAUCCAAACACAGCGCCUGUACCAUCUAGUCGUGACACUGCUCUCACUAUCGCUGCUGACAAAGGUCAUGAGCGGUUUGUUGAUAUGCUUGUGCACCGUGGUGCACACAUCGACGCCAGAAACAAGAAGGGUUGCACUGCACUUUGGCUAGCAUGUCAUGGUGGACAUCUAGAAACAGUACAGACUCUGGUGAAGCAUGGUGCUGAUGUCGAUCUUCAAGACAAUCGCAAAAUGUCACCCCUAAUGGUUGCUUUUCGCAAAGGCCACGUUAAGAGAUAA